GCGCACAGCCAGCUGCAGGUGACAAUGGCAAGAACCAAGCAGACCGCUCGCAAGUCUACUGGCGGCAAAGCCCCCAGGAAGCAGCUGGCUACCAAGGCUGCUCGUAAGAGCGCCCCGGCCACCGGAGGCGUCAAGAAGCCUCACCGUUAUAGGCCCGGUACCGUGGCUCUGCGCGAGAUCCGCCGUUACCAGAAAUCCACCGAGCUGCUCAUCCGCAAGCUGCCCUUCCAGCGCCUCGUCCGCGAGAUCGCUCAGGACUUCAAGACCGACCUGCGCUUCCAGAGCUCUGCCGUCAUGGCUCUGCAGGAGGCCAGCGAGGCUUACCUGGUCGGACUCUUCGAGGACACCAACCUGUGCGCCAUCCAUGCCAAGAGGGUCACCAUCAUGCCCAAAGACAUCCAGCUGGCUCGCCGCAUCCGCGGAGAGAGAGCUUAA